AUGGUUCUUGGAGGCAACUACAUUGCCCUGGAGACAUCCAAAAACCAGGUGGAUUUGUCGAAAGUUCGCCAUUAUGGUUUAUGGGCAUUUUUGCUACUCAACAUCGCCGUCUUUUUGCGCUUGUCUUAUUCAUUAUGGAACAUCAAAACUCCGAUAGCGCCAUUUAUAGAGUUGAAUGUCACAAACUUUGAGCAAUACCUUCAGCCUAUGGACUUUGCGAAUGCUUCUGCUGUUUUUAACGAGGUGUAUGAUGUUCUGAAGCAGAAAAAUGCGGAUAUCAAUCCCAUCAGUGUCAGUUUUAUCCCAGCCUACAUCCCAGAGGGGACAUUGUUAUACCAUUCCAAUCACCGUGGCCAGCCUCCGAAGACCGUUGAAUGGGUUGCUAUGGACUACGAGUUCAGCUAUAACUUUGCGCAUCUGAGUAGAAAUAGGCCAAGAAAAGGUCAAGGUCCUGGAGGCCCUGGUGGCCCUCCAAAUUUCAAGCCACCGGGAGGUAAAAGGCCAUCUCAUGGUGAUCAUCCGCCUAACUUUGAUGGCCCUUCAUCCUUGUUCACAUUCCAAGUUACCAAACCUCUAGACAAAGUCAUUGUCUUUGGUGGUGCGUCGGCUGCCAAAUCAUUAACAGGAGAAAUGGAUACACAAUUUGUUCUAUCUCAGGUUGCAGACUACGAUGAUUUUGAUGAGCGGAUUGCUGCGGAUAAGAUCUGCUCAUGGGGAAAAAAGCAUGGAGGUCUCGACGGAUACGUGCGUUUGGAGGUUGGCUUUGAAAUGGUUAUUUGCGAUUUUGAAGAGAAAAUGAUUCCAAUCUCCAACGUGUCGUUGGCAAAUGCAACGGAAUUUAUCGACUUUCCUCCGGAGAAAUUUGCGGAUCUUGACAAAAGAGAAGAUCUGAAUGCCGAAAGAAGUGCGGUCAUUGACGUUAUUGACGCAAUGUCAGGAUUUGAGCAUUAUCUCGCUGGUGCAAGGGCUUAUGAUGGUGACAAACGGAUUUUACUUGACUUCUCGAAGUUUGUGACUCCUCUAAAUAAAACAUUCAUUCAUCCAGAUCCAUAUCUUCGACGGAUCCACAAUAUUUCGUCGGAACUAAAGACUGACUUGGUCAACUCAGUGGAAGAAAUGCUGUCAACGCCAAAUGAUCCAUACAGCUCUACAAACUGGCAGGUAGUGACCGACUAUAUUGUUGACAAGUUUGCGCCAAUGCUUGUCAACUUAAACUCUUCUUUUGCUCUCUAUGGUCAACAUGAGGACUAUCAAACACUGGGAACCAACCUGACCGCUUAUACCUACAAUUUUAUCAGACGAUACCUGAGCGAACCUGAUCACGAGUUGCUUCCAAAACAUCGCGCAAUGGCCAUUUGGGACUACAGCCAUCCCUACCAGCCUUUGAAAUCGACGGCCGAUUUUUUCCUCUGGAACUCUAUUACCAUUGUUCAAUCGAAAAUAGUGGACACACUAUACAACUGCUUCUCCUUGAGCAAGACGCUGCUAUCCCCAUUGACUGGAGCCACGCUUCCUAAGGACAUAGAUGAUCAGAUUACAAAAGCCAAAACUGAGCUAUCUGAUCUCCUUGAGAGUUUGCAUUGGGCAUACUACUACAGAUGCUCCCAGAGCUGUAACUUUGACGAGCUUUGUUUCGUCCCUACCUGGGGACCCUCCCCACUUGGUUUCAGCAAUGCCAACUCUACUGGCUUUUAUGAUGACGGUAGUGGAAGAGCAAGAAUUGAAAAGGAACUCAGAUGCAUUAAUUACGAUUUGCUUCUUCAGAACAAACGUGGCUGA